UGCCAAUUCAUUAUCACUCGCUGCUCCCCAGAUCGAAUCGAGAGAGACAGAGAGUAGAGAGGCCUGGUGUUUGCCGCAAGAUCGUAUCCAGGAGGAGCUAGCGGAGAUGGCGGACUGGGGUCCGGUGGUGAUCGCGACGGUGCUCUUCGUGCUGCUCACGCCGGGGCUGCUCUUCCAGCUGCCGGCGCAGGGCCGGGUCGUCGCCUUCGGCAGCUUGCACACCAGCGGCCUCGCCAUCCUCGUCCACGCCGUCAUCUACUUCGCCCUCAUCACCAUCUUCCUCAUCGCCAUCGGGGUACACAUCUACGCCGGAUAGCUACCUGCUUCGACAUCCAUCUCUUACUCGCCAUACCGGCCGCUAUCAUGGACCAUCUCUGCCUACGGCAGCCUAGUCUCUGUCUGUCUCUACUUCACUAUUACUUCUUGUUGUACGGGGUAGCUUCUAUUGCCUCUUAUUACUAGCUGGCGAGAGAGAGAAACAAUCUACAGCUGGAAUAUGGUUUGUUUGUUACACUGCUGCAAAUUCGUUUGAGAUGCCAUGCUCUCUCCGGUUUCA